AUGUUGCUUCAGAAGACUAGUUCGCGGUUCAAACAAUUCAUUGCUCAUAGAAGAAAAGACAGUUUCGAGACUUCUGGCGAUAUUGGAGAAGGUGGAGGUCUCACAGACAGGAAUUUGUCGACAAAUAACCCUAGGAGAUUGUCAUGGUUAUCGCAAAGCCCGCCUACGGAAACUGCUACACUGCGACGAACAAGCAGUAGCGCUAGAACGCGAAAUCAACCUUUACCACCCGCGACCUCAAGUGCGUCUUCAUCUUCAAGUUCUUUAUGCAGUUGCAACUGCAAACCAGAUCGGUGUCCAAUUGAGUGUUCUUUGUCAAGUCCGGAGCCCACGCCACGAUCGCCCGAGAUUCUUUAUCCACCGCCAUUGUCUUCAACCAAGAGUCGUGGCGAUGCGGAAACACGGCGACUUAUAUUUUCGGAGCCUCUGUUGUUGUCACCAGCGUCGACUUCAUCUAAUACGAAUACCAAGGCCUCGCCAAGUGCAGAGACGAGAGUGUCUACAUUUGACCUAAUUGAAGCCUUGUCAAUAGACCCGGUAGAUGAAGACACCACACCAACGCAAAGUGUCAAGAGCUUGGAUUUAUCAGAUAUGGAAGAUUUCUCGGGCGACGUUGAUCAGUUGAUUCGGGAAACAGAUGCCGCCUUCCAGGCCGUCGGCAAUGCUCUGGAAGACGCCAAAGCCGCAACUCAGGGAUGGUGGUUAUCUUCCCCAGCGAACCUUCCUGUUACAAUACCCCGUACGAGCCUGAUGAAUAACCCCCGCCUCUCGAUUAUACCGUUGGCCAAAGGUCCCACCUCACGAUCCGUUUCAAUAGCCAAAGCACAGCGAAAGAAGACUGCCAAGAGGCGGAAUAUACUAGGCAGAGCAUUGAGGACUGUACCUAUUCAAUCUGCGAAUGCACCACCGCGAUGGACAUUAACGGACGUUACCACAAAUGUGGUCGACGUUUUCAGCGGGAAGAUGUUUAGAACCGAGGUAGAUGAGAUGUUGACACCAGGUAGAAUACAACGAAUGAAGGAAGAAAGGGGAAUUGAGAUUGAUCGCAAGAUAUCCGCUGAGUCUGCUCGAACUAGAAGCACGGAUGAUAGUACUCGAACGGAGCCAUUUCAUCUCGAAAGUCUUUCCUCCCGCAUCGAUGCAGCGAGAGUGCAUUCGGCCCCACUUCCCAGUCCUGUUCUUCCACCUCCUGCUACGCCAAAUGCUAUGCAAGAUCUUCAUAUGAAGACUGGGACCGCGGAAUAUGCAUCUAGCUCAAACAGCUCCAUGGUUAUCAACGAUCUGAGCUUCCCUUCUCCACCAGACCCAAUGAGAAGUCCUUCAGACUCGUGCGUACCCGCUCUUUUACCCAGCAUACCAGAAGUAUCUCCCCUCACCCUAUCACCCACUCGAGCUCUUCUCACCACUCCCAAACCCCCCGAAGUGCGCCUACAACCAGUUCAAAAUCAAGACCACAUCUUCUUACCCUCUACGCCCUUCACUCUCACUUCCCCAAACUUCCGCCACGGUCCCAUCCGCGUCGAGCGGAUCCUCAAAUACUCACAAGACCCGUCAUCUCCGGAACCCGAAGACGAACCGCUGGAUUGGACAGCGUUCCAGAUGGCUAUCCAGGGCACAAUGAACGAUGCGAGCGCGGUCGACGAUGCCGAUGAUGAGUGGGAAGCCGACGAGGCCGAGCUAGACGAUAUCAUGAAUUGGUGGCAGAGUUUUGGCUUCUAUGGAAUCGGUCGACUAGCGCAAGAUGCCCCUGCGCGGAUGCGCGUCGUCAAGGACUCAAAAAAGAAAAGUGUCUGGAGUACGGAUUUUGAUGAUAAAAUGCUCGUGAACUUGGAGGCCCGCGAUGAAGAUCUAGAUCGAAGUCCAGAUAUGGGAAGUGGAAGCGGGAGCGCAGAUUUCGAAGAUGUAUUGAAUGUCUUUGAGCUAGACACGGACACGAGCGUCUCGGAGAUCAUCGGAGACGUGGUAAAUUCGCCGCAGAAAGGGCAUGAAAGCUUCCCGUCAAGCCCGAUGGUGGAUUUCGAUUCUCAUGAUAUUAGCACGGGCGAUGAGACGCCGAUUCCUAUGGGCUUCAACCUCGGUCACGACUUGGGGGAUUUCUUGUCUUGGGAGACGGAGCAUAUAUUCUUUCCCGUGGAGAUGUAG